CGUGCGCUCUUGGUGCGCUGCGCGUCAGUAAAGUUCCUGAUCCGCCGCAGACAGCCAGCGGUGAGCAAAACAAACACCCGCUUCAUCCCAAAGGCAAAGCAGGAAAGAAACAUGCGCAAUCAACGAUUUCACAGGUGCAACUGAACACGUGCAAAGAGAUGGCAAAGCGCCGAAAUGCUGCCUGAGCCCGAGAGCCAAACACCGGGAGGCGAAAGAGGACGAGGCUGUGAGGGCGGAUCUCCUGCGGGGCUUCAAACCACCUCAGCGCUCCGUGUCAGGGAGUGAGAGACCGGUGCGGAGGGGUAAGGAGGAGAACCGGAGAGGUGGAGGAGAAGUGGAGUGGGGAAAAUGCUCAAAGUUUGGCCGCGUCGCCUGGAAGUGCCAUCCCGCAAAGUGUCCACCCGCAACAGCUGCAGAAAAGGGAGCAUGAAUUGAACGAAGAAUGCAUGUCGUUUGGGAUAUAACUGUGAUUCUGCAAACAUAUAUCAUCUGCACGUCAUCAGCUCAGCCUAUAUCAUCCAAGCUUGAUGAGAGUUGGUGGGCGUAUAAGGAUGUGGUCCAGGAAAGCUUUGUUCCAGUCCCAUCCUUCUGGGGUUUGGUGAACUCGGCAUGGAACCUGUGCACCAUCGGGAAGCGUCAGUCUCCCAUCAACAUCGAAACCAGCCACAUGAUCUUUGACCCCUACUUGACCCCUCUGAGGCUCAACACAGUGGGACGCAAGAUGGGAGGAACCAUGUACAACACAGGGAAGCACGUGUCCCUGCGGCCGGACAAAGCCCACCUGGUGAACAUUUCUGGGGGCCCGCUGGGGUACAGCUACAGGCUCGAGGAGAUCCGCCUCCACUUUGGUAGUGAGGAUGCCCAAGGAUCAGAGCACGUUCUCAAUGGGCAGGGCUUUCCUGGAGAGGUCCAGCUCAUCCAUUAUAACCAAGAUCUGUAUGCCAACUACAGUGAAGCCGUUAAGAGCCCUCAUGGCAUCGCUGUGGUCUCCAUAUUCAUUAAGGUCAGCAUGUCCUGUGGGUACGAAAGUGGAGCAGGGGGAAGGAGAAGAAGCAAAUAUAUCUGUCUCUCCGAAAACUCCAACACCUUCCUCAACCGCAUGCUCAAUAGAGACACAAUCACCAGAAUCAACUAUAAGCAUGAUGCUUUCUUAUUGAUGGGCCUGAACAUAGCUGACCUUUACCCGGACACCACGCGUUACAUCACGUACGAGGGCUCCAUCACGAUCCCUCCCUGUUACGAGACAUCCACGUGGAUACUCAUCAACAAGCCUGUCUACGUGACCCAGAUGCAGAUGCACUCCCUGCGCCUCCUCAGCCAGAACGAGCCCUACAAGAUCUUCAUGAGCAUGAGUGACAACACACGGCCCACCCAGCCUCUGCUGCAGCGCUGCAUCCGGACCAACAUCAACUUCAGCAAGCAGGGCCGCGACUGCCCCAACAACCGCGCUCUCCGCCCACAGUACAGAGUGAAUCAGUGGCUCCUGAAGUAGGACAUGAAAAGAUGUUUGGCUGCAGUGUCACAAGAGGAGAGGCGGGACAAGUUCAAACGUUCAAACAUAUACAGUAAAUACAGUAUUUCAAGCUGCAAAUACCAGCUGACAACUGGAAGAACUUAAUUGCAGCUGAGCUCCAAACACGUUGCUGUGUUGGCCUCCUGCACAUCCACCACCUAAACACAGUUCAUGCAGGCCAGCACAGCGAUGAUACGGAUCAGACUUUUGAUUCUGUGAGGACUCUGUACUCACUUUAUUUAUACUUUAUUUAUUGUGUGCUCACAAAGACUGUCAUUCAUUCUCUUUGUCUGGUUUUCAGAGGGAUGGUGUUAGCUAAGGACUCUAUAGUAUGUGCUCAUCACCUGUCCACGUUCAAAUCCUGGCUUCAAGGCAAUAAUGAAGAUUAUCAUUCUGACUGGAGAAUUUAUUACUUUUCACUUGAUGGUGUAAAGUGUACACAUAAAUACACGGCUGUGUUAUAAUGUAUGAUGUUAAAAUGUGAGGAUGGUUCUGUUUUCUGUUUCUUUCUUAAAAAAAAAGAGGAUAUAAAAUGUCCAACGACAGUGGAUGUGACAGGCAUUUUACAGGCAUGGACAGAUGGAGUCACUCGAGAUUGUGAAGGGAUAGGUCACUCGUGUCUAUGUUUUUUUUACAUUCAUUCACUUCACUAAAGUUGUUUAAUUAAAAAAGGGGGGGUGAUAGAAUUUGCUCUGGAUCACGUCCUUGCUUUGCACAGCAUUAUGAAGGAGAGCAGCAAUUUCAACAGCUAACAGACACAUUCACAAUGUUAAGUCAAGGGGGUCUGCAGCCCUCUGUAACAGCCAUGGUUUGAUUAUGGUUCGUGGCCAAACUUGUCUCCUAAAUGUCACAAUCCCACACAAAUAAACUGCACUCUCGAGUCUCCAAAUGUGCACACACUGUGAGUAACCUUUGCUCGGUUUAUAUGCAAAAAGCACCUGGUUAGGGUGAGGAAAAGAUCAUGUUUUUUCCUCAUAGCAUCAGCACCCUUUUCAUGAAAACACACUGUGACACAUUAAAACACACACCCGUGUAACAAUCCACAACAAAGGUUGACAUCAAACUGUGGACUGCCACCUCUGUGAAAGAAUUUAGCUUCAAAUAGGGCUUAAUCUCGGUAUAAGGACUAGUUCACCGGCCAAGGACCACAUACCCAUUAGAGCUGUGGAGUGAGUUGCUGUGUAAAAAGGCACCGAUAGUCUGCGUGCUGUGUGUGUGUGGGAUGGACAUACAUUGUCUCCUUGUUGCCUUUUGUGUUGUCUAAAAUCUUAUCCUAUAUAUUCCUGGGAAGAUUGUCUACAUCGACUUAUGCUGGACUCACACAUAGGCGAUGGAGGAGCAGUAUCAAGCAUUGGCGAAGUGCAUUGUGGGUCCAUUGCUUCGCUUUGCUCAAGUUGAGUUCGGCCAAAUUUGAGAAGUGACAAACAUUCCAGCACAGGCGUGAGCCGAUCAAACAAACAAAUCAAUAAUCAAUCAGCCAAAGUUUCAGACAACAUUGUUUUCCCCAUGUCAGACCCAACACUGGUGGACAUGGCAGACGUCACAUCACCUGUCACUUUAGCAAAGUGCUAUGUGCCGUUACAUCAUGUCACUUUAGCAUAAUUAGCAACUCUUGCUAUGUAGUUAGCCAUGACACUGCUCUGUUAAACUCUGAAAGCUACCUCCAGCAUGUGUUGCCAACUCGCUAAAUAUAGCGACAAAGUCGCUAAGUUGGCAAAAUUUAACGUGUGAGGCCUUUGAGUCCAGCAUAAUGGCAGCAA